CCCAUGGCUCUGGUGCUGCAGCUCCGCUCCGUCUCCGGCCUGCGCGGCAAAGGCGACCGCAUCGCCAAGGCGGCGUUCCGGGAGCCGUGAGAGGAUCAGUGGGAAUAAGGAUUCCGUGGGCCCUGCUCCCCAUGGCCGGCCGGAAUCUGCCGCUCGCCGCUCCCGGACACUCCGGCCGGGACCACCGGAGGAAGUGCUGGAAUACCGGGAUACCCAGUCUGGGGGAGCCAUCUCCUUCCUACACCUGAUCCCGAGCAGGCGGAAUUCCAGAAUUCCCUUCCCGAGGGAGCAACCACCUCAUUCCAACUUCCACAGCCUCCAAGCCGCUCCGGAGGGAGGGAAUCGCAGCCCACGGAGCCGGCGGAGAGCGGAGGAUCCCAACCAAUCCCAGCCGGGAUUUUUAUGGGAUCAGAUCCUUUUCCCGGAUGACCGGAGCUCUGGGAUCCUUCCGGAUGCUCUGAUCCCAUAAAGCCGCAUUUCCUGGGAUCGUUACGCCCUGGGAAUUCUCCCGUUUGGACACAACACCCACCCUGAGGAUCACCCCCACUUCCCUCAUGGAAUUCCCCCCGGGAAAAGCGGGCUUGCUCUCUGUUCUCCUCAUGGCCGUGCUGAGCCGCCAAUCCCUGGAAAAAUCCCUUCCCGUGGGUUACCGGGAGCACGAGGAUCCUCGGGAAAGCCCGGGAUUGAUCCAGUGCGGGGAAUACAGCAACCAGGUGCUUCCCAACGGGCGCUGCCGGAUCGUGGCCACGCUUCCGCAGGGCGACGAGCAGCGGUGCCCGGAUCUGUUCCGAUGCACGGACGAGGUCUCCUACUGGCUCCACGAGAACGAGGAGCGCAAGCAGCAGAUCCUGGAACUCCGGGAAUUGAUCUCCGAGCUCCAGGAGGAGCUGAGGAAUCACCGGCACCGGAUCAAAGCCCUGGAGAUCCAGCACGAGGAGGCGGCGGGGCACAACCAGAGCCUCCUCCAGAGGGUGCAGGACCUGGAGCAGCAUUCCCGGGAAUCCAGCACGCUCCAGCACAUCCAGGCCACGCUGCUCUACGACAUCCAGGCCCAGAUCAACAACAUCUCCGCCCUGGCCGACUGGGCCUGGAGGAAUCCCAGCUGCCUCCAUCCCGCCGAUAUCCGCAUCCAGGAGGAGAUGCAGCAUCCAGAGACGAAACACGGCCGGAAUUGUCCCAUCGACUGCGCUUCCGUCUACUCCAACGGGCUCCGGAGAUCCGGGAUUUACAGCAUCCUGCCCUCAGUCCGCGGCGUUCCCAUCGAGGUCCUGUGCGAGAUGGACACGGAAGGUGGGGGCUGGACGGUCAUCCAGAGGCGCCAGGAUGGAUCCGUGGAUUUCAACCGGACCUGGAACGAGUACAAGGAAGGAUUUGGGGACCUCAACGGGGAAUUCUGGCUGGGGAACGACAACAUCCACAGGAUGACGAGCCAAGGGGAUUAUUCCCUACGGAUCGACCUGGAAGACUGGAAUAACAAACACAAACACGCCUUCUACCAGGUCUUCAGCAUCGAGGACGAGGAAAACUUUUACCGGCUGCACGUGGACGGAUUCAGCGGCACCGUGGAAGAUUCCUUCGCCUGGUACCACGACAAGAGGAGCUUCAGCACCCCGGAUUCCGGGAAUAUCUGUGCCGAGAUUUCCCACGGAGGCUGGUGGUACCACCAGUGCUUCUUCUCCAACCUCAACGGGGUUUACUACAAGGGCGGCCGAUAUUCCAUUAAAAACCGGAAGAUGCUGGGUCCGGAUGGCAUCGUGUGGUAUUCCUGGAAGGACACGGACUAUUAUUCCCUACGGAAGGUGGUCAUGAUGAUCCGGCCGCGCACAUUCCGGCCCCACCUCUCCCCGUGACGGAUCCCGGGAUAUUCCCCCUUUCACAUCCCAUGGAAUGUUGGGGAGGGAGGGCUGGGAAUUGUGCAGGGAAACUGAUUCUGGAAGGACCAAGCGGUCACUGUUGGAUUUUGUGGGAAUGGAUCCAAGCAGGAUUCAACAGGGAAUUGAUCCAAGUCCUCCGACGUGGGAGCUCUCCUGGGAUUGUGGAGGUGAUUCCUGGGAAAGGCUCUGUGUUCCACCAGGCUUGGGCAUUCCCAAGACUAAAUCCAGUUGUCUGGAUGAUGGGAAUCAGCUCCGAACUGAUCCGUGCGGAUUUCUGUGGCCACCAACCCAACGGAAUUUCCCAACGGAAGUAAAGAUCCAGCCAUACCGCGGGAGUUUUCCAGGUGGGAUUUGAUGGACCGGCUUUUAUUCCAGAUGAUUUGCAUCCCGUUCCCAAAGAUCCUGAAGAUCCAUGACCACAGGGAUGCCCGGAAUUGGCUCUGAGGGAAGCCAGGAGAUCCAAUGUGCGUUCCCAUGGAUGGAAUCACGGGAAAACGAGGAAGGAUUGUGUUCCACACCUGGAUAUCAACCAUCGGGAAGAGCAAUAUUCCAGAUGAAAAGCUUCCCAAAAAAACCUGGGAAGUUUUCCAUUUCUCCUUCCAUUUUCACCUUCCCGCCCUCUCUCUGGCAAAGAAUUCCGGAUGGAUUUUCCAUCCAUCCUAAAAAGGAAUGAUCGGAAGGGAUUUAAAAUCCACUUUUUCACUGCCUUACUCCAGAUAAUUAGAAUUGAUUGAAUUAACUUGAAUAAUUAAUUUGAAUAAUUAAUUAAUUUCCCACUGGUAGUUUCAGCAGGAAACCCUCCAUUUUCCCUGGCUUUGCCUUUUCCCGGGAUCCGGAUUUGGAAGUUGGGACUCAGCCCCGCCCUUCCUGUGUUUGGUGAUGAAUAUUUAAUUUUAUUUAAUUAAUAUUUCAUUAAAUGACCUUUUUUUCUUAUUCCAUGUUUUCCGAGGAGGGAAAGUCGGAUUUAUUCCUUCCAACUGCUCCCUUCCCCCUUGGUGCUCUCCUGGUGGAUUCUUCCCGGCUCUAUUUUCCCUGGAAUGUUGGUUUUUUAUGGAGAAAUCCAUGGACAAGUUGCCUUCCAAUUGUCCCAAAAAUUAAUAAUUCCAAGAUAAUAAAUGAGUAUUAUUCGGC